AAAUUUCUCAUUCAUUUUGUGAAGUGGAUUGUGAUAAGACAAAUAAUUUUAAGUUUCAACGUUAGAUUUAUAAAUUUUUUUUAGAAAAUAAAGUUUUGUCAUUAUUAAAAUGUCACAAUUUAAGUUUUCCGUAAUUGCUGUUGUAUUCUGUAGCUUGGCCGUACUUGGUAAUGGCGAAAUAACUGUACCUCCGACGAGUAUUAUUAACUUAUCAUCUUCGGGUACAUCAGAUGCUGCACAGACAUCAGUUACCGCUGGCGCGAACCUUUCACCUUCUUCGUCUUCAAAGGCGCCGGUGUCGCCCUUGGAAACUGCCCCUAUCACAUCAGAACCAACUUCUAACGCAGUACCUGCUGCCAGCCCUUCUAAACUAAAUACAACAACUUCUAGUACAACUAGCACUACUACACCUGCACCUACUCCUGCGCCAACUCCAGCUCCUACUCCUGCCCCAACUCCAGCUCCUACUCCGGCACCUACUCCGGCACCAACACCUGCACCAGCCCCGAAACCCCUUCCACCUCCAGAACCUGGAAUGUGGUCGUACUCUGACAAGGCUACUAAUGUUACAUGUAUUUUAGUGCAGUUUGCGGCACAGCUGAAUGUAACAUAUAAUAAGGAAAACAGCAACACAACCGACCACUUCCAACUUAACGUACCGAAGAACGCAACAGCCGUGAAUGGUAGCUGCGCAAACGACACGCAAUGGAUCCAGUUGAGCUGGCCAGCUACUGUGAACAGCUCCAAUACCAUGCUUCUGGUGUUCCAGGUCAAUCAAACCACCAAGUGGUAUGAACUGAAGAGCCUUAACGUCUCCCUGGUGCCGGAGGUGUUCCACAAUUCAUCCUUCAAAGAGGCCGUAGAACUCUGGCAUGGUGUGGAAUGGCACAGCCCUCUAGCUACUUCUUACCGUUGCGCACCUCCUACUUACUUUAACCUAUCGUCUGAGGCCGCUAUUGUCGUCGCCAAGUUGACCCUCAGCCAGCUCCAGGAAGAGGCUUUCAGAUCUGGCAAGGACAAAGUAUUUAGCGCUGCUCGCGAGUGCGGCGGUGAUGAUCUCCCCGACGCAGUGCCCAUAGCUGUGGGCUGUGCUUUGGGCGGUCUCGUUGUGGUAGUUCUGGUCGCUUACCUCGUUGGACGACGCCGCUCUGCUGCUAGGGGAUACCUCUCUAUGUAAAGUGUAGAUGGUGUGGAAAUCGACGUAGCAUCGAUUUAUCUCAUUUAGCUCUUCAUCAAUGUCAUAGACCGCUGUGAAAAGAAAUUAUUUUCGAUACAUGUGUUAUAAAAUUCCCAGCGGAUUUCAUUGCUCAAUGCGUUCGUUUAAAUAGUUGCUUAUUUGAAAAUUCCUAAAAAUGUAUUUGUAGAUAGAUAAAGUAGAUGUAUAAAAAUAUUCUUGUAAUUGAAAGUUUAAAUGACGAAAUCUGUUUUAAUUCACCGGUAGUAAUAAAAUAAAUGUCGUAUCAAAUAUUUUAAUUUCAUUUAUAAUUUCCAAAGAUUAUUCAUGAUAUAUUGCAGUAAUCUUUCUUUCAUUAAGAUGUUAAUUAUAAUUCAAAUGUGUAGUCUAUGAUUUCUGGAUUACAUGCAAUACUUUUAUCGACCAUUAUCUAAAAGUUAAUAUGAUUUAUGUUUUUUUAGAAGAUUUUAUGUUAUUUUAAAUUCUUUGUGUGGAAUUUUUUAUGUUUUGUUUAUAUGUUAAGAUAAAAAAAUAUUAUAUGUAGUCCAGUAGCGACCUCUAGUGAGGUUACUAAGUACUGAAUUUCAGGGUCGGGAUGUUGUGUCGCUUUGUGAUUUGUCUUAAAACGUAUUUGACAAAAGUUGAAAACUUUGCUACAGAAUACAUUUCUCUUCCAAAAUAAAUUUCUCGGAAAAGCAUUCAUCAUCAGACUUGAUCUUGAGUUUCUCAUCUUUUUAUAAGAAAAGGUAUAGGUACUCUUCAGUCACAAAGCGACCUAUUAAACAGUGUAAUGAAAUGAAAAAUAAACGUUUUUUAUUGC